AUGCAGGGUGAAGAUAUUCUGAAGAGGUUUGAGAGAUUACUUGCAGAGAAUAUCUCUGUGUACGUUGCAACGAGUGUGCCAACUUUGGCUACAAAUUCAACCGACCUUGAGCUUUUAGAGGAAAAAGGGGCUCACGUAAGAAAGGUUGAUUUUGGACAUUUGGUAGGAGGCGUGUUGCACAGCAAAUUCUGGAUUGUAGACAUGAAACACAUCUAUAUUGGUAGUGCAAACAUGGACUGGAGAGCCUUAUCUCAGGUGAAGGAGUUUGGUGCUGUGAUCUAUAACUGCAGCUGCUUAGCCCAAGACCUCUGGAAAACAUUCUGCACUUACUGGGACCUUGGACAUGCAAAUGCUACCGUCCCAUUCCCUUGGCCUCUUAAUUAUUCUACUUACAUUAACAAACAUCAGCCUCUGGAAGUAGAGUUUAAUGGAAUCCUGACGAAAGCCUAUUUUUCUGCCUCUCCUCCAGCGUUCUGUCCAGAAGGUCGCACCUAUGAUCUCUUUGCUAUAAUCAGUGUUAUCCUUGAGGCACAGAAAUUUGUCUAUGUUUCUGUUAUGGAAUAUUUCCCCACCAGCCGUUUCGUUCAUCCAGAAAGGUACUGGCCAGCCAUUGACAACGCUCUGAGACGCGCAGCUUUCAACCACAGGGUACAAAUCCGCCUUCUGGUCAGCUGCUGGACUGGCUCUGACCCAGCCAUGCUCUACUACCUGAGGUCCCUGCGUGCUCUCAACAACCCCCAUGGCCACAUCAGUGUCGACGUG